AUGGACCCACAGGGGCCUCUUCAAAGUCCAGGGCCCCUAGGGGGCCAGCAAGGGUCCCUGUCCCCAUUCAGGAGCUCUUUCAGGGGCCCUCUCCUCAGGCUCCCUCCCCAAUCCCUGUGCAUGCAGGCCACAGAAGAUGUACCUGCCGCAAACACCGUGAAAGGGCAGCCAUGUGUCCCAUGGGCCUUGUCCUCUCAGGGAUGCGCUUCAUUCUCUGACCAUUGCCUUUCUCCUUGUCUGGGCUCAGUGUGUAGGAUGAAGCCCCUUGGUCGGAGAGCGGCCCAGACCCAGGAGCAGCUCUGGCGGGAUGAGGCCCUUGCCCGGAAGCUGCAAGAGGAAGAGUGGAGCCGCCUGAGAGCCCAGAGGAGCCAGGAGCAGAGAGAGGACUACAGAGCCGCCCAAGUAGCACAAGACGAGGAGAUUGCACAUUACAUCCAGGGCCAGGAGAUGAAAGCACACUGGAGGAAGCCCAGCCAGGAGUCGGUGGCCCUCAGCAGCAAGGGGCCACACCAUUUCACCCAGCCGAUGCAGAGGGGGCCCAGCGGCGGCUGCAGCCAAGAGAAGGCCCAGCAGAGCCAAAGGGGCCAGCUCAUGUCCGCCGGAGCCACCGCCAUUUGGGUCCAGCCCCUGGAGAGACUGGAGGGGCCCACGCCAGAAGGCCACACAGUUGGCUGCAGGGGGUGGCCACUUUGCCGAAAUAUUGCUGAAGAUCUGGACCCAACAUUCAGAGCCAAAGCGCUGGACUGCCUUCCCUCUGAGGCCUCUGCCCUUUGUCCCCAAGCUUCUUCUGCUGCUGCCCCAAGCAGCCCUCUCCCUGUGGACAGAUUCUUCAACUGCUUGGAGGCAACUGCAGCCCUUCCAUUUGUGUCCCCAACAAAACGACAUCCAGAAAACGUGGGCCAACAGAAGUCCAGGGAGAAGAGAGAAGGCUGCAAGCAGCAGUGA